AUGUCCGACCUCCGACGCUGGAUCGGCGACCAUGCCAUCUCGUUCUUCGGCAUGUCCGAGUCGAGCAUGGUCGACUUUAUCCAGGUCUCCGCCUCGUCUGCAUCCUCCUCGCAGCAGCUCUUUCAGACGCUCUCCACCCUCGGCCUGCCGGACAGCAGAGAGGGGCAGCGCUUCGCAGACGAGCUCUUCCAGCGCGUGCCGAGG